AUGGCAGAUUUCAGUUUCAGUUAUCAACUAUUUGUUACAGUAUUCAAAAAAUCGACCAUCGUCAAGUUCGUCUUCAUAAUCGCCACCAUCGUUUGUUGGUCUACACUAUCAAUAGCAAACGUUUACUUUGCCAUAGAAAAUUACGUGGACGAUCAAUCGCUUCAAUCACUAUGUAAUGAUGAUGUGUCUUUAAAUUUUUCGAAUGCAGUGAUUUCUAAAAUCAACCAAAAUUUUAUCAGCAGUCCUAUGAUUACUUGCCUCAAUCUUAUGGGCAAUAAUAUUGAGGAAAUUGGAAGAGAUGCCUUCAAAAAAUUACCAAAUUUAACCCAUUUGUUUCUUUCGAACAAUAAAUUAUGGAAUAGUGAAAAUAAUCUUUUUGGUGGUCACGAUAAGUUACAAGUGCUUAUAAUGAAUAGUGCAAUGCGCAAUGGAUAUUCAAGAUCUGUACAGAUAUUCGGCAAAUAUCCUAACUUAAAAAUUUUAUCUCUACGUAAAAAUUAUAUCAAUGAUUUAAUCCGGAUCAUGCCAUUCCCCAAGUUAAAGAUUCUAGAUCUCUCUGAAAAUAGUAUUUCAGGAACUAAUUUCGUAUCACUACUGCCGAAUAGCUUAUACUUUCUUGAUCUUCAUGACAAUUCGCUUAAUGACUUCAACUUAAACGAAAAAGGAAACGAAUUGUUCGUACUAAAUUUAGAUAACAAUAAGUUUAACAAUAUUCAACGGUACAAUCAAUACAAAGAGGCUUUAUCGAUGGUCGGUCUGAAGAAUCUACACUAUCUUUCUAUUUCUAGAAACGAACUUAGUACUGUCGAAUCAGAUGCUUUUCGAGACAAUAACGAAUUGCUCUUUUUGAACUUAUCCUCAAAUGUCAUAAAAUAUUUACAUAUAAACACAUUUACUAAUUUGCAAUAUUUAAAAACACUCGAUCUGAGUAGCAACCAACUCGAGAAUAUUCUACAAAUUUCGAAUGAAAUAGAAAUUAGCAGUUUAUAUAUUAAUAGCAAUAGCAUAAAGAAAAUAAUCUCAUAUGCUUUCGUGCAUAUGCCAAAAUUGAUAAAAUUGUUAAUGGGGAACAAUCAGAUUGAUGAAGUCGAUAUUAAUGCUUUCGCUCAUCUUACUGUCUUAGAGGAAUUAGAUUUAUCGGGAAAUAUGUUAAAUUCUUUGCCAAUAGGAUGGACAGAAUCUCUUGUAUCUUUAAAAUAUUUGGAUUUGAGCUAUAAUAGAUUCAUUUCGCUGGAAUCUUUGUCAUUGACAAAUACGUUACCAUUGAUAGAAAUAUAUUUAAGGAACAAUUUAUUAGAAUAUCUGAAUGUUAAAUAUUUUGAGAAUUUACCGCAAAAUCUUACUAUUGACUUGAUAAAUUAA